AUGUCUUGGAAAUGUGUAUUUUUAUUUUCUAUAUUAUUUGGGAAUGCAAUGUCCCAAUUUUAUGAAGAUAAAAGAUGUCGUUGUAUAUGUCCAACAAUUUCGAUUGUAAACGAUACCCACAAAACACUUAGGACCCUCUACAUCGCCUAUGUACCUCCAAAUUUGUGCAACUGUAAUGGUGUAAUCCUACCAAAAGUAGCUGAUGAAGUCAGGCACAAUGCUCGGAUGUUUUGUCCACGGUGUGAAUGUAAAUAUGAAUCUAGAAAUACAACUAUUAUUAUGAUUGUAGUGAUAUUUGUCAUAUGGGUUGUGAUGCUUUUGAUGGGAUAUUAUAUCUUUCUAAUGCUACUUGAAUUAUUAGUUACGAAAAGACCGAACUAUACAGAAGUGAGCAACAGAACAGAUGAAACUGAAAAUUUAUUAGUUGAGUAUGACGAGGCAGAAGAUUAC